AUGUCACACGAGCUACAAGUUCUUAAUCAACAAUUGAACGAUGAGGCAUCUGGAAAUAAGAAUAACAAUCAAAUGUCGCCAGGAGCUGGCGACUCUAAUCAAAUGAAGAAUGGAAAAACUAAGAGAAUGGCAUGUGUUGAAUGUCGUCAACAGAAAUCGAGAUGUGAUGCACACGAGAAGCAUCCAGCUCCAUGUUCAAGAUGUGCCAAGAAGGGCCUUCAAUGCAAUUUAAAAUCGGAUUAUAAAAGAACUUAUAAGAGAGCGAGAAUAGCUCAGAUAGAAAAGGAGUUUUCAGAAUUGAAGAAGAAACUUACAACGACACAAGCAGCAGAAUUACUCAGUAAGGUGCCCACAUUGUCUAAUGAUCCUACGCUGGCCACCAUCUCAUCUGUGUCUCCUCAACCACAACUGGCAAAUGACCGAAUUCAACUUCAAUAUCAACCAGACAGGUCACACAUCCAACGUACCCAAAAUAUUUCUGAAUCAUGGCCGUCAUCGGUUUCGCCCUAUAAUGCUCAGUAUGACACGAGAUACUUCCAUGACUCGUCUGAAACGAAUAAUUCUAUACCUAAUACUCCUUCGAUAACGAGGCCCAUGGUUCAAGCGAACCCACCAGAAGAAAAGUUCGUUUCAAAAGCAGAGAAAGUGAUAAUACCGGAGCAGGAUCUAUUAUGCGAGGAAAAACGACUAGAUGAUGUCUCGUUAUCUAGCGAGAUCAUCAAAGCUUUAUUUGUGGAGUAUGUUGAUUACUACCAUCCCAUUUUACCUGUUGUUGACGUAUCUAUGGGUCCUGAAAGAAUAUAUAGGUUAUGUCCUGCACUUUUCUGGGUUAUUAUGUUUGUAUCAUUAAGAAGGUACCACGAUAAUUCGCAAAAAUUGUUGCUUAUAAAAUUAUCACCAAUUAUAAAAGGCAUCUUAGCAGAAAUUACAAUCUCUCCGAUAACGAGAUAUAAUCCGACAGUUGAAGACGAACCAAUAAUGAAUGCCAGCUCUGUGUAUUCAGUGCAAGCAUUUUUAUUAUAUACAUAUUGGCCGCCAAUUACGUCUUCAUUGAGUGCUGAUUCAUCUUGGAAUACUAUCGGUGUUGCAUUGUUCCAAGCUAUCCGCAUUGGUUUGCAUACUCCUGGGCUGUUAGUGGCACAUGAUAGUAAAGAACCUAAAACUCCACAAGAACUUGCCAUGAGCCAAGAGCAAGCAAAGACAUGGAUAGUGUGUAAUACUGUUUCUCAAGAUGUUGCCACUGCGUUUGGAUUUCCAGCUUUUGUUCAGUUUGAUACAUCAAUAUAUAAUUCACGUAAGUCUGGAACUAGUUUACAAAUUCCAAAAUCAAUUCAAUUCAUGAUGGAGAUUGCUCAUUUCGAAGACCAAGUUGCAAAAACUUUGAAUUCAAACCCAACUGAUAGCUGCGGCUUGAUUGAUCCUACUGAAAGAUUGCCCUUGUUAAAAAUCUUAUCCCGACAAUUGGAUGAACUUGAAUUGAAAGUAAAGAAUGAUAUGCCAGCAGAUGACGGCUUCAGAGAAUUUCAGUUAUUGACGGCAAGAGUUCACCUCCUCACAUACUAUUUCAUGGACUCAUCCAGAAUUGCCUACUUUGAGUUACAGAAAGGAUUAGUACGUCUCUACAAUGCCGCAAUAGCGUUAGUAAACCAUGCACAAUUAUGCCAGACUAAGACUCAAACAUUUAUUAAGUACUUGCCAGGUGUCUAUAUUUUGAAUAUUUGGCAAGCUUCGUGUAUUAUAGGGAAACUAUCCCACUCGUCAUUGAAGAAUGUAAUUGAUUUAGGCUCUGGAAGACAAAGUUAUUUAACUGCAAUCUCAUUAGCCGCAAAGGCAUCUAUAUUGAAGCAUGACAUGGCACAUAGGUCAAGUGGAAUAAUGAGGAAUAUGUGGCUGCUUUUUGCAACACUAGAUGAAAAAAAAUUAACCAGUUUAAGCAUCAACAUCAGAACCAGAAUGGCCGCGUCAGUUUUUUUUGAUUGUCUAUACCUCUUACGUGAUCAAGUAGGUAUGAUUAUAUUGAAUAGUAGAAAUGAGCAAAAUCAAGGAAAUGAUGGGGAGGAAGAAAACGAAGGUGUUUCUUGCGAAGAUGAAGAAGAGUACGGAUAUGCAGACAAUGACGAGGCCGUAGCAUCUGAAGAGGAAGAAAAGUCUAUUGAAGGAAGUCAGAAAGCUAGUGGAAGUCCAAAAUCCACACCUAGCAGUAACACGUCGAGCAGGACAAAGAGACAACGUUCAUUAUCUGGAACGGUUAAUGCGGAAUCAAAAGCCAGAAAAAUUAUCCAGACAAUUCCAUUGGACCCACAGCCAAUCCCUGUACAUGGAAACAGAAGUAGUUUAUUCAUGUCUAUGGAAUCCAACAACCCAAAUAACCCGUAUAAACGAACGCGAGAAAGUUCUGACUCUCCGCAACAAGGAACUCAGAAUAUGUCAGGAACAUCACCCUACAAAAUUGUCACUCCGAAUUCCCAUCAAGAUAAUGAUCAAUUUCGUCGCACGAAAAUCUACACCGAAUACAACCAGCCUGCAAAAACCGGUUUCAAUAAUGAAGGCGAAAGAUUGCCUGAUCAGCAGAGAAUGCACUCGUACUACUCUAACCAGAACACAAGGAACAAUUCCUCACGCAACCCGAAUUCAAAUGUUGCCAAUAGAAGUAAUUUGGAUAUACCAUUAACUGACAUGGUACUAAACGAAUCUCCUAUUCAAGGUGGUUUAGAGAAUCUAGAAAUAGAUCACCUUGACAUCAAUACUGAUUUACUCUGGAAAGACGUGGACAGUGUCAUGAAUGAUUUUGGUUUUCAUACUAGGUAG